UCAACACAGCACGCUAAUCCGCUGAUGUUCUACAUGCAGGUCAGUAAGUCAUACAGUCUUUUCACGAAGCGUUCAAGUAAUUACUUUCUACUGCAGCUGCCGGGCCCACAUUGCUGCCUUUCCAUUGUUGUUCAGUGUUGUGAUGUUAUUCGCUCUUUAUUGUUGCUGGCGGGUGACAUCGAAAGUAACCCUGGACCUGAUAGUCAAGCCGUACUAAAGGAACUUAAGAGCCUAUCCGCAGGUCAAUCGCAACUGAUCACCGAGAUUCAAGGCCUCAAGUCUCAGUUACUAACAACUGACAAAGCAAUAUCCGAUCUGAGCGUGCGCAUGACGAACCUGGAGACCCACUACCAAAACCUAAUCCCCUUGCGUUCUGAUAUAGAAAGCGUGAAGAGUGAUGCUGCCCGUGCAGCCCACACAAUUCAGAGGCUGGAAGCGCGUCUUGAUGAUGCCGAGAAUCAUUCUCGGCGCAACAAUCUAAUUUUUUAUGGUAUUGAUGAAUCUGCAGGGUCCGAGUCGUUCGCGCAAUCGGAGCACAUAAUCAUUGACCACUGUCGCAAACAUAUGAGCAUCACUCUUGACCCAAAAGAAAUCGAGCGUGCGCACCGCUUGGGCAAUCGUGCAGCUAAUCGUAACCGCCCCAUAAUAGUGAAGUUCACCUUUCAUAAAACAAAAGAUCUUGUUCUCUCUAACGGCCCUAAAUUCAAAGGAACAAACUUCAGUGUUGGCGAGGAUUUUACGCGUCCUGUUCAAUUGGCCCGCAGACACCUUCUUUCAUUCGCAAAAAGCAAAUCAGCACCUUACUCCCUGCGCUUUAAAACUCUGUUUAUGGGUAAUAAGCGCUAUGUUUUCGAUGAACGCACACAGAGUGUGAAAGAAUUGCAAUAGCAGCCAACUCGACGCGG